CAGGCUAAAUUCCCAGUACUUCCAAAUUUUGGUCCUGACCUGGCCUUCCAACACUGCUUUGAAUUGUUUCUUUUUCAAGGGAAAUCAAUGGUGAAAUUGUGAAAUUUUGUUAUGUUCUCAAAGAAGAUUACUACCCACAGAAAAUAAGGGGCUGGCGUGCACGUAUUACUGAUGAGAAGGGUACGAGUUACAGCCUUCGACGCCCCGAUGCAAAACAUGCUUCGGAAAUCGGAAUGGAACCAAACAACACACCUCCAUGAGACAUUGAUUUCCCGACUGAUAUCUUGUGAGCUCUGAACUCAACAAUCUCUUGAAACAAUGAUUUGAUCUCCUCCAGCAGCAGCUUGACCAGUCGACCUGGUCAACCACCGGCUGCCGUGCCACGUGAACACGAUCUGCUACUCCAUCAAACUCUCGAGGACACGGUGACCAAAGAGUCAAAGGCUGCCUUGCCCCCGUGACGAACACGAAAGAGCAGCGCGGCAUCCGAGAAGUAGUACUAUCGAUCACAUCGCGGUGGCCAAAGACCGCGGGCUGACACCUGAGAGGCUGAGAUGCACCAGCAGAGCAGAGGAGCAUAUCAUCCCCGGCACCCAGCUAAUUUGCAUUGACACUACCCCCAGUCCCCCACCGGCUGCAAGUGCCAGUAGAACGCUCCCGCUUCCGCAGUUCCGUCUUCGUAGGCCGGGGCUUCCAAGUUGUAUCUUCAUCGAUCUCAGCCUGCAGGCUAGGCGAUUCAGACGAUGCAGAAGAGGAGCGCCAAGAAGGACGACACGGGCAGCGCCGCCACCAAGAAGGCGUGCAUGGGAACGGCCUGCGACAGCAAGACCUCCAAGCCGGCGGCGGCGCGGGUCGAGGAAGAAGACACGACCAAUGUCUUCAGCCACGACCUCGAUACCCUUCAAUGCGACAUCUGUUUCAUGCCCUUCGAGUCUCAAAUUUACAUGUGCAAGAACGGACAUGCGGCGUGCGGCAACUGCUGUGUCCGGCUGCAGCGCAAGUGCCCCAGCUGCAACGAGUCCACGGGCGACAUCUGGUGCCGCGCCAUGGAGAAGAUCCUGGCCGGCAUGACCAGGCCCUGCAAGUUCAAGAAACAUGGCUGCAAGCACAUCCUCAGCUUCUCCGAGAUCCGGACACACGAGGAAGAGACCUGCCGGUACGCGCCCUACCCCUGCCCAUUCGACGGCUGCGCCUACACUGUCACGCGCCUCCGCGACCACAUGUUGGAGUGCGGCCAUGGACCUUUCUUUGAGUUGGACUCGCUUGGGCCCUUGUGCGUGCUCCUGUACCCGGACGGUGACGAGAGCGUGUUCCUGCUGCUCAACGGCGGGGAUGUUCCCACGGGGCGCUCGCUGUCGGUGGUCCGCCUCUACCCGCGGCCGGACGAGGAGUACGGAGCCGGCGCGGUGCCGCAGCAGUAUACGAUGCUUGUGGAGGGCGACGUGCCAGCCGGGUCGCUCUCGCUGACUUUUGGAACAGUGCAGUUCGUGCGCUGUCUGAAAGGACAUAAGCGCCGAGAGUUCUUGUUUCUUCCUGACGCACGCUGGGGCUCCUCCAGAACCGUCACCGUCAAUGUCACCGUGUAUCCCUGAUCUGGUUCUGCAGGAUGGAUAGUUAUGGUGUCGAGGUCCGAGUUACGCUAGAUCGAAGGAUGUUGAUGUUCUUUGUUUUUGGAUCUGCAAAAUUUGAGUUAGUUGUAGCUGCUGGAUCUGCUAGACCAAUCUUUUGUUUUUGGGCGCACGAGGCAGUGUAGGCAGUCUAUUUGGAUCUGCCCUGGUACCUUCGUGACUUCGAGUUCGUAUGGUUAAUCGGUUUUACUAAUGCUCAGUCGCCUGAGAAACAUUAUUUCUCAGUCGAUUCAGUUUUU